GACAACUCCAGUGUGCUCCUAAAAGAAAAGAUGGUUUUCUUUUGUCCGGUGAAACUUUAUUAUUGAGAGAAAAUACGGAAUUUAUUUGCAUUGAUGUGAUUAUUUAGUUUUUGCAUAGUAGUGCUACUAGUAUAUUCGAAACUUUUAAAUAACUACUAAAAAUGGAGAAACAGUAUUCUGUGAAAUUCUUUGCUUCAUUUUUGGAAGCGUUACAAAAAGUUUGUCGAGAUUUUGUCGACUUUGAUGACAGUAUAGAGCUUAGUGGUUACCUUUCGCUGGAGAUAGACAAUGUGAAGAAGGAGCGGUACGUGCUCAGUGAGAUGUUGAACAGCUCGGGCAAUGUGAUCAGUGAGAGCUACUGCACAAAGGCCUUCAAAACGGUCAGGAAGUAUCAGCAGCCAAGUGGUAGAGAAAACAUCACUCCAAGAUCACAGACAAUUUCAAACCGGUCUCAAGCUUUUAUUUCUGAAUCCCAAAACCAAAACUCUUCUAGUUCCAUGUUUAACUAUAAAGAUCACACGCCAGAUUCGAGAAUGUCGAAACAGUGGAGUCAGGACAUGUACGGAACAAAUUCCCAUAUGUCUCCACUUCGUGGGUCAGGGCAGCAGUUUGGAGAUGGUGUAGGAAUUCAUGGCAUGAAAAGUUCAAAUCAGAAGCGAAGUUUGUCAACUAUUGUCAUAGACGAUCCACCUUCAAAUAAAAGAGGAAGAAGUGAUUCCGUGCCUGAUGACAAACUGUUAAGUGAAACGUCAUCUCAACACGGCACGUGUAAGCUGGAUACAGACGCCAUGCAGGCCACGUUUUCCAAUUCAUCCCAGUCUCAGUCCACGACUCACCUUCCGACCACAAGCUCCUCAUUACAGCACCAAACCAACAACAGCAUAGCAUCUCACAGCUCCUCGCAGCCAGCUUCAGAAAGCAUUCGCUUACCACUACCAGUGACAAUAAAAGACGAACCCGACAUUCCGUGUGUAGACAUUGACUUGUCCGAGUUGGACAGUGCAGACUCUAUGGGUGGCAGUGAUAGUGGUUCAGGUUAUCCGUCACAAGAGGGCACCUCGGGCCCAUACAGAAUGGCAGAAGGCAGCCAUGGGGCACAUGAUCAGUAUCAGAGUUGCCUGCAGCAGACAUUCCGACGCCGGAAAGGACGCCAGUAUGCUCCAGUUGCUAUGGAAAAUGCUUACCUGGCCGUGCAGGAAGGCAAAAUGACGGUCAGUGCAGCAGCCCGAAAGUUCGGUGUCCCACAGCCCACCCUGCACGCUCGCUUCAAGUUCGGUCGCGGCCCAGGGGUUCUGAGGCGGGGCCGGAGACCGGGAUGUUUGAUGGGUUCCAGCUUCUACAAAGGCUUGCCAACCAUGGUGCAGGAUGAGAUUCCCAACCUAGACAUGUCAGGACUGGAUAACAGUCAGGUGGAUUCCUCCUUUGACAGACCCACUGAGAACGAUGUUGAUACGUGUCGGGAUCUGGUUGAGGAGCUGAUGCCCAACGGUCCUGAAUAAACAGCAAAGAUUAGUUGAGUCAUUGAAACACAGACAUACUUAAUAUACAGUGAAACACUUCUUUUUGUUUUCUUCUUUUUUAAAAAAAACAAAAAACAAUAUUUAUUCAAAUAAAUGAAGUGGAUUGGAAAACAGGUCUAUAUAAAUGACUCUUGACAAUAUAAAUGCCUCUCCAUAGUGAAACCUUUCUAAAGUGGACACCCAUGGGACCAAGAAACAAGUCUGAUUUAGUAAGGGGUUAGAGAGGUUAUGUUCUGUACUCCUAUUGAAAAGGGGAUCAUGAAAAACAUCUGGUUUUGACAGAAUUCCGGUUUACACCGGGUCAGGAGCCAAUUUCACAAAAUAUUGUAAGUUUAAUUUUGCGACUACUAGUUACACUUGUCAUACAUUUAAAUGUAUUUGGCAUCUAUUUCAUGCAGAAAAUUACAUCAUUACUGAAGAUGAAACAAUGCGAGUUGUGGUUUAGUCGAGGAGCUGAUGCCCAACGGUCUUGAAUAAAUGGCAAAGAUUAGGUUUAGUUAUAGAUUUACAUUUACAUGCAAGACUAUGUUUAGGAUGUUUUGUGAACUUGACCUCUGGUUUUUUAGUGCUUUUACUGUACUUCUAACAGUGCAUGCUAAAAACCAAUGUAUUUAUAUAUGAAGGUUAUGUUCAUGAUUUCACAUGUAUAAUGUGGACGAUGGUCUGUCUGAAACAAACAAAACCUACUGGACAGUCCCAGAAUUUAUUCCAGUAUGCUACAUGUAAAAGUACAUGUAUUAGUUACCAAAUGAUGUUCAUAUUUGUCUCACCUACAAUGCUUACAUCUUUAUACUAAUACAAUGUAAUAAUAUUAAAUUUUAAGUUCAGAGGUUGGUUCCUGUUUAUUCUCUUUUUUUCUUUUCUUUUUUUUUUCUUUUUUUUUUGGUGAAUGUGACAGUGGAGUGCAGGUGGGUGUUUAUAAAUAAACAAAACAAAAGUAUCUGAAUUUUUAAGCCUGGUUUAAAAUUAAAAUAUAUAAUGUUUAUGUCAAAUUGCAUUAUGUAAUAAUGAUCCAACAAGUAAUAAUUAAAUUUCAAAAGAACUGCAUAACAGUACACUGGAAAGUUAAUUAUUGCUUAGGUCAUCAUCAUUAACUUCCUUGGUCCACAGAGAAGACAUUAAUAUUAAAAGCCAAACCCACCCCCACCAAAACUUAAAUAUACAAAUUAAAUAUUUUAUUUUAUUUUAAAUUAACUUUUGAUAUUUUUUUUAUGGUUGUAAAUAUUUAUAACUUGGAUUGAUUUUCUUUAAUACUGUACUAUAUACUUAUUCCUUUCUUUAUUCAUUUAAAGGACACAGAUUUGAAAUGUUUUUGAAUAAUUUCUGUUAAUAUCUCUGGUAUAGUUUAUACAAUUUGAUACUGCAUUUCAUGGCUGUAUAUUUUGGCUGCCUCUUGUCAAAAAAUGCAUUUAAAUGUUGGGUGGUUUAUUACCCAACAUACAUGUAUAUAUAUUUAUAAUAUUUACUUAAAAUGCAGCUCCUUUUUAUAUCACAGAUGUGUAGAUAUAUACAAAGAUUCAUAUUUCCUGACAGUGGGUCAUAUUAAACAGCAUUAAACAAAAUUAUUUGGUACAGUAACUUUACGAUUUACCUUUCCAUUCCAAAACAUAUUUAUUAAAAAUAAAGGAGCAACUUAUUUUUAGACUCUCCUUCAUUAUUUGCUUAAUUAUUGACUUAACGUAGUUAAUAAUUUUUAUAAGAUUUUAUAUGUAUUUAAAUUCUAAACAGUUCUGGGGCCUAAUUCACAAAGGUCUCUUAGACAACAAAGCAUCCUCUUCGCAAGUCUUUUAGCAUUGCACUGCGAGAUCACAAAGUUGCGAGAGUUUAGUGAAUUAGGCCAUGAAACUUGUGAUUCUAAUUUGGACGUUAGCUUCAUUUCACAUUAACUUAAAAUGUUUAACAAUAUAUAUACUUAAUGGAAACCAUACAAUUCACAGUAUUUUAAGAAAAAGCAAUAUAUUUUGCUAUUUUAUGAUACAGGUAUGUAUAAGCAUAUUGCUAAAGUGAAAUAUUUUAUCACUUUAGUGUGUAUGUGUAGAUCUAGUCCCAAUGUCAGUGUGAUGGUUUAUUUGAUUCUGAGAUCCCCAGGACAUUUUAUUCAUAGAAUCCCUUGUGUUGUUAUUAUCAGUUACUACAUUGUUUGUGUGGCAUACUGGUUGUAUUGUAAGUGUAGAUAACAAGAAGACGUAACAAUUCUAACCUUUAUUAGAUAUUGUUUUGUGUUUGUAGUUGUGCCAUUAUGGUCAAACAUUGUGCUUGUGUAUUGACUUGUGUUAAUUUUGUUGUUGUUAAUCCAAAGUGGAGAUAGUCAAAAUCGUAAACCCAGUGCAUUUAUAGUAUAUGUGAAUUUAAAACUGUCAGAACUGUAAACUGAGUACAUUUAUAGUACAUGUGAAUUUAAAACAGUCAAAACUGUAAACUGAGUGCAUUUAUAGUACAUGUGAAUUUAAAACAGUCAAAAUUGUAAACUGAGUACAUUUAUAGUACAUGUGAAUUUAAAACAGUCAAAACUGUAAACUGAGUACAUUUAUAGUACAUGUGAAUUUAAAACAGUCAAAACUGUAAACUGAGUACAUUUAUAGUACAUGUGAAUUUAAAACAGUCAAAACUGUAAACUGAGUACAUUUAUAGUACAUGUGAAUUUAAAACAGUCAAAACUGUAAACUGAGUACAUUUAUAGUACAUGUGAAUUUAAAACAGUCAAAACUGUAAACUGAGUACAUUUAUAGUACAUGUGAAUUUAAAACAGUCAAAAUUGUAAACUGAGUACAUUUAUAGUACAUGUGAAUUUAAAACAGUCAAAACUGUAAACUGAGUACAUUUAUAGUACAUGUGAAUUUAAAACAGUCAAAACUGUAAACUGAGUACAUUUAUAGUACAUGUGAAUUUAAUUUUUUGUGUCAAAACUGUAAACUGAGUACAUUUAUAGUACAUGUGAAUUUAAAACAGUCAUAACUGUAAACUGAGUACAUUUAUAGUACAUUUGAAUUUAAAACAGUCAAAACUGUAAACUGAGUGCAUUUAUAAUACAUAUGAAUUUAAAACAGUCAAAACUGUAAACUGAGUACAUUUAUAGUACAUGUGAAUUUAAAAUAGUCAAAACUGUAAACCCAGUGCAUGUAUAAUACAUUUGAAAUUAAAAAGAGUCAAAACUGUAAACCCAGUGCAUGUAUAGUACAUGUGAAUUUAAAAUAGUCGAAACUGUUAACCCAAUGCAUGUAUAGUACAUGUGCAUUUAAAAUUAUUUUUAGUGGUAUAUUUAACCAAAGAGUUGAUAGGUUUACAGAAGUAUUUCACACAUGUACACUUGUAGAAUAGUUGUUGAUAAUCACAAGAAUUGACUGUAGACUCGAGCCUUCAAGAUGAACUACAUGAACUUGUUUUAUAUUCACCAGCUCACUGAGCCAACCAGUCAACUUACAUGUUCUUUAAAACAGAAAUUGGUUUGAAUACUAAUAUUAAUAUGCUGUUUUUGUUGGCGAUUUAAUUACUACAUACAUACAUACAUACAUACAUACAUACAUACAUACAUACAUACAUACAUACAUACAUGGAUGAAUGAACAUACCUACUUUAAUAUAGUCUGAAGGGCUAGUACGGUAAGUUGUGUAACUUGUGUCUGAUCCGUUUGUUCUUUAAAAAACAAUAAAAUAUGUCUCACUCAAUAGAGUAUAACAUAAGCUGUUUCUUGGUUUAAACAAUAUUUGUAUGUUUGUUCUAAAACAGUAGCGGGCUGGGGAUUGGCCAUCAUGUGUUAGCCUAUAUAAGGUCAAUAAGCUGUUUCUUAAUAUUUUGAGUUAUUCACAUGCUUAAUAAAUAUGGGUAUCUUGAACAGCAUAUUAUUUCCACCUCUGAAAUGUUCAGAAAGAACCCUGAUUGUAGUGGAUGUUACUAUGAUUGAAACUGUCAAAAUGUGGACUGUGCAGUUCAUGUAAAUUAGUGCAUGAACAUUGUUAUUUCAGUGUAUUUAUUGAUAGAAAUGUUCAGAAAACAUAUUCAUCCUGUAACUUUAAAACCCCCACAAAAACCCCAAACAAAUUGUGAAUAAGCAAAUGAUGCAACAUUUAUAAUUAUAUGUAUAGAUGUUGUUUUCCUGGUUUACAAUAGAUAAUUUGUAGAAACCUUUGGACAAACAGAACUGCUGAAUUAUACAGAAGUAAUUUUGGAUUCAAAUAAAGAAACAAUGGUCUUCUUUGUACAUACAUGUAUGAUGUAUAUACAUCUGUAGUUUGUACGUUUGUCAUACAGUUAGAUGUAUUCAUACUCAGAUACUUUUGCAAUCUGUUUUACACACAUGUACAUGUAAAUAAAUGUUGUGUUGAUAUACAUGUAUUUGUGAUCCAGGUAACUGACAGAACUUAAAAAUUAUUAAACCGACAAUGUUAAAAUAAGAAAGCCAUUUUUCUUUGUUUCUUUGUUAUAUCUGUUAAAUAUACCAAUUUGUGUUAGAUCUCUAGUUCGUAAUGUAAAGAAGGCUUAUAUAUAUAUAUAUUUAUUUUGUCAUUUUCCUUGACCCAUGUAUAAAAAAACCCAGUACCCAGUCCAUUUUAAAUAGUAGUUACAUGCAUAAUAUUUUUAAAUGCACAUUUAUUUUUACUAAUACUAGAUAAAUGUAUGUGAUUUACUUGACUCAGUGUGUAAAAUCAGUCCUUUUAUAAGGUAACUACAGUUUUGAGUCACUGUAUACAUUAAACAUGUUACACUGAUACAAAAAAAUGUCAAUACAUUUAUCAGUCUGAUUUGCAAGAAGCAGAUUCAUUUCAUUCAACUUAUUUUCGUGCUUAUAUCUAAUUAAGGUUCAAGCACGUUAUCCUGGGCACACACUUCAGCUAUCUGGUCUGUCUGUCCAGGACAGUGGGUUACUUGUUAGUUGUUAGUGGUUAGU